AUGGCUGCUGUCAGGUGGCGCCCCGGCCUGGCUCGUAACUCCGCGCGACGCCAGUACCACGACAAGUCCUAUGGUUAUCGUGAACCUCGACGAUUCUCCUUGCCGGACUACAGCCCGACACAGUUGCAGAACAGAACGGCGAACGCGCCUCUCCUCCGCUAUGUCGACUCACUGCGCACACAUGGGCACCGUGCCGCGCGCAUCGACCCUCUAGAUCUCCUCCAGCGCGAAGAAGUCGCGGCCCUCAACCCGCGGAGGUAUGGCCUCGUCGAUGACGCGCAGAAAUACGAUGUCAACGGCAUUGUUUGGACCAAUCCCGUUGGCGUGGACGCAGACACGAAGGAGGAAUGGACACUCGGCGAGAUCACUCAGCACCUACGCGCCCUCUACGUCGGGCGCAUCGCAUACGAGUACAUGCACUCGCCGUCCAAGACCGAGCGGCUGUGGUUUUCGCACCUGCUCGAGUCGCAGAGACCUCAUGACGCGAAGCUUGAUGUCAGGGAGAAGGCGCGCAUACAUUCGCUGCUCGCGCGCAGCGAGAUGUUCGACCAGUUCCUACAGUUGAAGUUUCCGAACCUGAAGCGAUACGGCCUGGAGGGCGGCGAGUCGAUGCUUCCUGCGCUCGACGCGUUAUUUGCUAGUGCUGCAAGAGCUGGCGUAGAGAACAUUGUCCUGGCUAUGCCGCACCGCGGUCGGUUGAACCUCCUCACGGGCCUGCUCGAGUAUUCUCCUGCAGCGUUGUUUCACAAGAUCAAAGGAGGAGCAGAGUUCCCCGAGGACCUUGGCGCGUCUGGAGACGUCAUAAGUCAUCUCACUGCAUCCCCGAGUCUGCAAUACGACGGAGCCCCAAUCCCGGUCAAGGUGACGCUGCUACCGAACCCUUCACACCUCGAGGCGGUCAACCCGGUCGCCCUCGGCAAGACUCGCGCGAAGCAAUUUGCGCUGCUCAAGGAGCUCAUACGCAACGGCAUGCCACUCGAGGAGUGCUUCCCGGGCGAUAAGGUGAUGUGUGUGCAGCUGCAUGGUGAUGGGAGCUUCACGGGCCAGGGCGUGAUUAUGGAAAGCCUCGGGUUGAGUAAUUUGCCACACUAUACCGUGGGCGGGACGGUACAUAUUGUGGUCAAUAAUAGCAUCGGUUACACGACUCCGGCAUCUAGUGCUCAUUCGGGACUGUAUUCGUCGGAUAUAGGCAAGAUGAUCAAUGCGCCGGUACUGCAUGUCAACGGAGACUAUCCUGAAGAUGUGGCACGGGCAGUGGAAACGGCGUUCAAGUACAGGAACUACUUCCGCAAGGACAUCAUUGUCGAUUUGAUUGUCUAUCGACGCUGGGGCCACAACGAGCUCGACGAGCCCGCGUUCACACAGCCGCUUAUGUACGACAAAAUCAGGUCUCGCCGCUCGGUGCCCGUCAUGUACGAGGACCAGCUCAUCGACGAGGAAGUGCUGUCGAAAGAGGAAGCCACCGACGUCCGCACAUCCUACAAGACACACCUCACAUCCGAGUUCACCGCCACAGAUUCCUACACACCCACCGCCGCGGGCGCGUCAAUACUGCAAGAGCAGUGGAGCGGAAUGGUGUGGCCCGCGAGCAGCGCCGCUGUCCGGGACCCCGAGACGGGCGUAGGGCAUGAUGUGCUGCAGCACGUGGGGCGCGCAAGUGUCACCGUGCCUGAGGGAUUUGAGAUCCAUCCUCGUCUGCAGCGACAUGUGAACAGCCGCCUGCGCGCCAUUGAGAAAGGCGAGGGAAUAGAUUGGGCGACGGCCGAGGCAAUGGUGUUCGGCACGUUGAUGCUCGAGGGCCAUGAUGUGCGAAUCUCCGGACAAGACGUUGGACGUGGGACCUUCAGUCAGAGACAUGCGAUGCUGGUCGACCAGCGCACCGAGGACGUCGUCGUGCCUUUGAAUGCCGUACUUCAAUGCGAGGGAAAGCUGGAGCUCGCGAACAGCUCGCUCAGCGAACUGGCUGUACUGGGAUUCGAAUACGGCGUCAGCUGGGAAAGACCUGGGAUUCUGCCGAUCUGGGAGGCUCAGUUCGGCGACUUCUUCAACGGCGCUCAGGUCAUCAUCGACACUUUCAUCUCUUCUGCGGAAACGAAGUGGCUGAAGCAAAGUGGGAUCGUCAUGCUACUUCCACAUGGUCUGGACGGUGCUGGUCCAGAACAUUCGUCUUCACGGAUCGAGCGCAUGCUGCAGCUCACAAACGACCGUUACGACUUUGACGACAAGAUGACUAACGUCAACAUGCAUGUCGUCUUCCCAACCACCCCUGCCCAAUACUUCCAUCUGUUACGUAGGCAACUCCAUCGGAACUACCGGAAGCCCUUGAUUGUGGCGUCUCCAAAGGGUCUUCUCCGUCUACCGGCUGCUUCAUCUGCAUUAGCGGAUCUCGCACCGGGACAGCGCUUCCAGCCAGUCUUGGACGACGUCGAGGUCGACAAGUCCGUUGUCAAACGUGUCGUCUGUGUGUCCGGCAAGCUAUGCUAUGACCUCAUAAAGGAACGUCAGAAACGGCAGCUAUCGAACGUGGCCUUCGUCAGGAUCGAGGAAUUGUGUCCCUUCCCCUUCGAACAGCUCUCACGGACACUGGGACAAUAUGAGAACGUGGAAGAGUUCAUUUGGCUUCAAGAGGAGCCUCGCAAUCAGGGUGCCUGGCCACACAUAGAAUGCAGGCUGAAUGCGGUCCUGGAGCGACUGUCGGUGAAGAGAGGGAUUUCAUAUAGAGGACGAAAACAGGACUCCGUCGCCGCGCCUGGGCAGGCGAAGCUGUAUGGUGCCCAGCAGAAAGCGGUUUUAGAGGCUGCAUUUGUUGGCCUAUGA